UGUCGCGAGGAGGCAGCCAUUAAACACGCCCCGCUCCGCUCGCUCGCUCGCUCGGACACGCGAAACCAACCCACCGGCCAGCUAGCCACGACCAGCACACGCCACGAACCGCGCGCGGGACAAGCAGAGCGCGCGAGCAAGCGAGACAUCAGCCAUGGCUGUGCCGCUGCCGCUGCCGCUGCGUCCCCCCAACCUCAUCAUCACCCUUCCCCCCUUCGUCUAGACACCCAUCAUUGCACUCCACGCCUCUCCGAUCGUGCUGUGUCUCGCCCGUCUCUCUCUCUCUCGCCGCCGCCGCCGUCUCCUUGUUCUUGCACCGCGGGCUAUAUAUACGCAGGCGGAGCUGAGCUUCGAGACGCAUCGGUGUGUGUCGUCUUUGGUUUCUGCGGCUCGUCGUCGUCGUCGCCAUGAACGCCUUCUUCACGUCCCUGGCGAGAGGGCUCGACGACCUGAGCAGCGGCGGCGGGCUGUCGUCGCUGCCGGCGCUGCUCCGGGCGGCGGCGCUGCUCAGGGGCCUGCACUCGCAGCUCACGCUGCUGGUGGGGCAGCUCCACCUGCCGCCCGGCGGCCGGUGGCUCGACGAGUACAUGGAUGAGACCGCGCGGCUCUGGGACGCGUGCCUCGCUGUCAAGCUCGGCCUCGCCGCGGUCGAGCGCUACUGCACUGCGGCGUCCUGCGCCGCCGCCGCCAUGGAUGACUGGCUUCAGGACCCUUCUCCUCUCUCCACUCGCCAGGUGCUGAGGGCGAUCUCUGCAUCGAGAAGGGAGGCCAUGGCGGCGGAGGAGGAGAACCGGGCGCUGUCCGAGGCGAGGAUCGCGCCGCUGUCGCUGCAGCUGGACGAGCGGCUGCUGCUGCGCGCCGCGGACGCCAGGCUGAGCGGCUUCAACGGAUUCCGGGGGCUCCUCUACGCGCUGCACAACGCCAGCUCGCUGCUCCUGCUCCUGCUCGCGUCCGGCGCGGUCUCCUGCGCCGCCGCCGCGGGGGCGUGCUCGGCGGAGGGCGCCGCGGACGCCGGCGGCUUCAUGGCGUCAAUCGCAAUGCUGCAGCAGAGGAUGGCUGAGGAGGCCGAGGCCGACGGCGGCUCCGGCGGCAGCGCCAGCGCCGCGGGGGGCAUCCGGAUGUACGAGUUCCGGUGCGCGCGCGCCGCCGUGGAGGCGGCCCGGGAGGAGGUGGAGCGCGCCGUCGCGGCGGGCCCCCGCAAGCAGUGCGAGGACGGCGGCGUCAAGGACAAGGUGGACGAGCUCAAGGCGUGGCUGGACGUGCUCCGGACCGGCACCGACGGCCUCGUCUGCCAGCUCGACGACUUCUUGGACGACAUUGUCGAGGGCAGGAAGGAGCUCUCCGACCUGUGCAGCCACUGAUCGAUCACAUCUCACCACAGCAACCAACACCAUCACCAAUUCACCACCACCACCAUCAUCGCCAUGGAUGAUGCUUGUUGCUUGCUCGCGUGGUAUUACAGCCAAAGUAAUACCGCUCCACAUACUAGUACCAGUAGGAUUACGUAGUAGUAGUAGCAGCUAGCAGUACUCAUCGAUGCAGAGAGAUGAGACAGAGAGUGUGUCACUGUCACAGCAUUUUGCUCAUGAUGUUGUUGUUCCUUCCUGUUGCUGCGUCUCUGCCAUGAAAGGUGCCAUGAAAGGAGAGGCAUGAUGGUGAUGAGAGAGAGAGAAAAUCUUUGUUGCAGUGCAUUAGCAAGCAGCACAGGCAGUUGCACGACGAAAGGGUUGCCUUUUGUUUGUUCGCCUGGGGAGGCAGACGUGCCCGUAGCCCGUAGCUCGGGCUAUAGAGUCUAUCACAAUACUACGAAAAAUAGGCGAACUUUGGCUCUCUUCAGGGAGGCAGUCUCCUAGCACCUGGGUGUAACCCGGGUGUAAAUACAUCUGUUGCUUGUAUGUC